AGAUUUGACUCACUUGCGCCAGUUUGUACUUUUGAUGUCGUCAGCAAUCGUCAUUUGUUGUUGUGUAUUAUUUCAAUUAUUUGCCGGUCUCCUCCUGCAAAUUGGAUUGAAUUUUGCGAAAAAGUCCUGUUGUUUGAUCUGUUCGGUAUAAAAUUUUCUCGAUUUUUUUUUUAAAGGACUGUUAGGAAAAAUCAGCCGAAGCUGUGAGUGCGGUUAAACCCAUCCAAGGGGUUCCGUUGUCACUGACAGAAUUAAGUUGAAGUGUUUGAGCCAGUUUGAACCACGGUUUCAGUUUGAGUUCAAGACUGGAACUAGUGGCUUCGGCUGGGCCGCUUCCUGAAAUAUAUCCAAAUAUGUAUCUUUCGCUUACAAUUGCUUUUCUGAACAUUGUGAGCUUCCCACAAUUUGUAUCUUCAACAUGGAACACAAAUGAGUACAUGAAGCGUGAGAACUCCUUGAUACGACCUUUCCAUGGCUCGGGCUCGUCGCUGAACAAUUGGGAGCUGCGCGGCUCGGCGUUUGCAUCAGACACCUUCAUUCGGCUGACGCCAGACGCGCGCAGCAUGCAAGGUGGUCUCUGGAACAGACAUCCAUGCUACAGCAGAAACUGGGAAAUGGAGGUACAUUUCAAGGUGUUUGGCAGCGGCAAGGACCUCUUUGGAGACGGAUUCGCGAUAUGGUAUGUCCGCGACCCCAGCACGUGUCCCGGAGGCGCACACUGCUCGGUUUUCGGCAGCAACGACUACUUUGUCGGCCUGGGAGUGAUCCUGGACACGUACAACAACUACAACGGAGUGCAUAACCACGAACACCCGUACAUCUCUGCGAUGGUCAACAACGGCACUCUCCACUACGACCACGACCGGGACGGCACCCACACGCAGGUGGCCGGCUGCUCGGCAAAGUUCCGGGGACGCGAGCACGAUACCUACGUCAAGAUCAAGUACGCCGACGACACUGUCACCGUGUACACGGACGUGGAGAACCGGCGCGCCUGGAGCCAGUGUCUGACCGCUCCGGGCAUCAUCCUUCCGACCGGCUACUACUUCGGCAUCACGGCCGCCACCGGCGACCUCACCGACACGCACGAGAUCUACAGCGUGCGCGUGUACGACCUCGACUCGCCCGACCAGGACCCGGCCGUUAACAAGGAGCGCGCCAACGUACUGCCCUCGGCGUCCUUCUUCGAGGCGCCACGGGACCACGUGGACGACCCGAAGCCGUCCAUGAUGUCCGGCUUCAAGAAGCUCUUCCUCAUCCUUGUGGGCGUCAUCGUCGUCUGCGGCGCCAUAUUCAUCGGCGGCAUCUUCUACGUGAAGCAAAACGAGCACUCGCGCAAGCGGCUGUACUGAGCUGACGGUGCCACCGACGGGGCGGGACAGUGGACUGUGAUGGUGUUAUUUCGCCGCGUCGCGGCGCGCUCGCUCCAGAACGCAAUACGGACGGGCUCCCUCCGGGCGCGGCGGCCGAGCGGGCGCUGUGUGGGCGCUGCGGGCGGUGAUGGCGUCAGGGCGGCGGCUGCGGAGCCACGCCACCGCCGGGUCGGAACUGCGCCCAUCGGUAAGUCUGUCUGACAGCGUGGCUGGCGCCCCAGACCAGAGCAGCUGAGCCAUCCAAUCACAGUCGACGUUAUCGUACAUGCCAUCAUACGGAGAGUCAUUCGCCCGAACUUCAGACACCAGUUGUGCCGUAUCGUGGACUUGCUGGACAAUUAGGCUUCCCCAGGAGAAAAUCAGGCUGAUUGUGAUAUGCUUUUGUAAAAUUACUUAAUCUUUUUCGCCUGAGAGCGGAUGGAUUGACAAUCACCGGUCCUCAGUUGCACCUUAUGCUGCAGAUGGGAGUGAUAUCGGUCAAAGUUGGCAUUAUUUAGUUCCAAGCUUGUGAUAAUCGGUACCUAUAUACGGCGGGGCUCGCUUAACGGCUCGGUUUGUGAAGUGUCCGAUCCUUUUUGCGUUUUCGGCUUACCGUGUUGUUUUUAUGUUCGCGAGUGUCAAUGUUUCUGAAAUGGAAGCGCCGUGAUAGAGCCACGAGGGCGUUUUGUCCGCGGGUUGGAACCGCUCGAACCGGGCAUACCGCGGCUCAGCGCGGUGGCUGGCAGUGCCGUCUGGGGUACACGGCGCUCCUAAAGAGGUCGCCAGUGACCCGUAGACUUGGCAGUGCGGGCCGCGGGAGGCGCCGAGCGCUCACAUGAUAAUCGUGGUGUGAACCUGGCGGCGCAGCGAUUGAGUAGCUAAAUGACCCCGCGUAGGGGCUAGUCUAAACAGGUCAGUGAAUGGUGGCGGACUGUCUACUAAACGGGGAGCAAUGCUGGGUGGGACAGCCCCUGGUGUGCCCAGGCAUGCGUCUCAGCGGCUCUUAUCAGAAUGCGAGUGAAUUUAGGGUUCCCUAGGAAAACGGCCGAACUUCGGGAUUCACACAAGGUGCAUGUAGGCUUCAGGCAGCCUACCUUUGAGCUGAGAGUUGGAAGGCGCCGGCGCGCUGGAGCGUCUCGCAGUCUGGCGGCGGGCUGGAUUCGACCCGGAUAUUUGUCGGAUCUGCUAUUUUUACACCGUCGCUCAGUGGCGCCACAUUGGGCCUCAGCCGGAACGCGCAGUCGGCGUUCGCUCAUCCAAGAGUGUUUGGAAUAAAGUGCGUGGAUUGACAAA